UAUAAACCCCACUCCUCAUUAUUGGUUUUAACUUAUUCGAACUUGGAUUUAUUAUCUUGUAAUGGACCUGUUGUGAUGGCGGGAAGUGGCCGUUCGUUAGAGCAGACGCCAACUUGGGCAGUUGCUGUGGUGUGUUUUGCAUUGGUUUUGAUUUCUAUCAUAAUUGAACAUAUCAUCCACCUUAUUGGGAAGUGGUUGACAAAGAAGCGCAAACGAGCUCUGUAUGAAGCACUUGAGAAGAUCAAAGCAGAGCUAAUGUUACUAGGGUUCAUUUCAUUGCUACUGACGAUAGGACAAGUGCCCAUCUCAAAGAUUUGCAUCCCACAGAGUGUUGCUAAUACUUGGCAUCCAUGUAGCAAGCAACAAGAAUAUGACUUGUACAACAUUGGCAGCGUCACAACAGCAUUUCAUAAUACUGAUUCCCAUGAAUCCAACAACUUAGUGGGCACUCCCGGCCGUAGACUUGUCUCUAAUUCAUCGUAUCCACUUUCAAGUCAUCGGCGCGCUUUAGCUGGAGGAGGAGACUAUGAUGUAUGCGCGGCCAAGGGGAAUAAAGUGCCACUUGUGUCACCAUAUGGAAUUCAUCAGCUACAUAUCUUCAUAUUUGUAUUAGCCCUCUCUCAUGUUCUUUACUGUAUUGUCACCAUGGCUUUGGGAAGGCUUAAGAUGAGACGCUGGAAGUCAUGGGAAAAGGAAACAAAGACGGCUGAAUACCAAUUUACACAUGAUCCAGAGAGGUUUAGGUUUGCAAGAGAUACAUCAUUUGGUAGAAGGCACCUGAGUUCCUGGAGCAGCUCUCCCGCACUCAUCUGGAUUGUUUGUUUCUUCAGACAAUUCGGUCGGUCGGUACCUAAAGUGGAUUAUUUGACUCUGCGACACGGAUUCAUAAUGGCUCAUUUGGCUCCACAAAGUUCGGUCAAGUUUGAUUUCCAGAAAUAUAUAAAAAGAUCACUUGAAGAAGAUUUUAAAGUGGUUGUAGGAAUCAGCCCACCAAUUUGGUUCUUUGCUGUGCUGUUUCUGCUAUUCAACACCCAUGGAUGGUAUUCAUAUCUAUGGUUGCCCUUCAUCCCAUUUAUUAUCAUUUUGUCAGUGGGAACAAAGCUACAAGUGAUUGUAACAAGAAUGGGAUUAAGAAUACAAGGAAAAACAGAUGUAGUGAAGGGAGAAUUUGUUGUUCAACCAGCUGAUGACCUCUUCUGGUUUAAUCGUCCCCGUCUCAUUCUUUACCUCAUCCAUUUUGUUCUCUUUCAGAAUGCCUUUCAACUCGCUUUCUUCGCAUGGACUUCGUACGAAUUUGGGUUAAGGUCUUGUUUUCAUGCACACCUGGAGGAUAUUGUCAUUAGAAUCUCCAUGGGGUAA